CAUUUUCAGCAUGCUGGGGUGGGAAGAUGAAGCAGAAUUGAAGGCAAUAAAACAUCUUACCAUCUUCAGAGUCACUCCAGGCUGGCAAAAGACUACAGAAGUGGCAUUCCAAAAGAGAGGAAAAAGCAACAUUUUAUCAUUGGUGGCAUGGAGACUGACUGGCUACGUCUACACUGGCCCCAAAUUCCGGAAAAGGCAUGCAAAGCAGGUAUUGACUUUAAGAUUAGAACCAUAGAGCUAGAUGGCAAGAGAAUUAAACUGCAGAUAUGGGACACAGCUGGGCAGGAACGGUUUAGAACAAUCACAACUGCAUAUUACAGAGGAGCAAUGGGCAUAAUGUUGGUAUAUGACAUAACCAAUGAGAAAUCUUUCGAAAACAUUCGGAAUUGGGUCAGGAAUAUUGAAGAGCAUGCAUCCCCAGAUGUUGAAAAGAUGAUUCUUGGAAACAAAUGUGAUGUGAAUGACAAAAGACAAGUUUCAAGAGAGCAAGGAGAGAAGCUAGCUAUUGGUUUUGGAAUUAAAUUCAUGGAGACCAGUGCAAAAGCAAAUAUUAACAUAGAGAAUGCAUUUUUCACUCUUGCAAGAGAUAUCAAAGCAAAAAUGGACAAGAAAUUGGAGGGCAAUAGCCCACAAGGCAGCAACCAGGGAGUCAAAAUCACACCAGACCAACAAAAGAAAAGCAGCUUUUUCCGAUGUGUUCUUCUGUGAGGGACACUGCCUUAUUCUGAGCAUUUGCUCAAUCGAACUGGACUGUGCCUGUCCUGAGUGAGACUUCCUCUAUCUGUGGAUUUAACACUUUCAAUAUGUUGUCACGCUGUGGCCACACCAGAAUAAGAUUGAGAAACUUAUUUUAAUAACUGUCAGACUCUUCAGUUUUGGAGAUGAAAAAAGUUUAAUAUUUUUCUGUCAUACCUUCUACUUGGCAUAUGUGUUGUUUAGGGAAGGGAUACAGAUCGGAAGUGACCUGCAAUAGCACCUUUCCUGACCAGCUUUGCUCUCUGGGAUGGGGUUUAUAUCUGUAAUGUGUCUAAAGUAGAAAAAUUAAGUUAUGGUCAAAAUAACUCUAAAUGACUUUACACUGAAAUGCAAACAUUAAUAAACUAAUGGUAUCUGUACAUAAUACACAUGCACAUAAAUGUCUAUUGAUACAUCUAGCACAAUCACUUCAAAACAACAAAAAUAGACUUGUUUAAACAAGAGUUACUUGUAGCUUUCAAAUGGGUAGAAGCUUUCUGCUUAUCUGUCCUUUGGCUAUCACGGGGAAAAAAAAAUCUCUUGUCUGCACAUCACUAGUUCAGUUCCAGCAUUCUAGACACCAGUUAAAAUGAAUUGAAACACAAUGCCUCAUCAGAAAUUAAAUAUCUAUUUUUAUAGAGAACCAAAGUGUGCUGUAAAUAUGAUACAUUCUUGGAGUUUUGGAGGGAGAAACUUUAUUUUUCCCAUGUGAGGGAUGACCAUGCAUAAUAUAUUUGUGGAUUAUCUAGGCAUCUUUUAAAUUGAGAAAUUUAUUUUAUAUUCUUGUGCAAAUGAUCUGUUGUAGGCUCUGGUUCAAAUAUGUAGACUACUUUAUUCAAAAGUCAUGAUAUAGCUGAAUAGCACAUGGGUCCCAUAGAUUGUUUUUAAUUUCAUAGCAUAAAUUUUCAUGUCUUAGGGGCUAUUUCUAACUUGUGAAAACAAAUGUAUUGCAUUGCUCCUUUAUGAAAUUGUACACUCCAUAUGUUGCCACUUUCUGAAGACUGGCUUUCUUUUUUGACUGAGAUUUCUCUUGCUCUUGUGCCAUGAUUGCUUAGAUUUAAGUAGCAGUGAACUGUUUCAACUAUUUAUGGCAAUGCAAAUAAUGCGGUACAGGAAACUUGUGGUGACCCUUAAAGAAAAUAUUCUUCUAUGUAUGUACACUUGAUACACACAGACACAACAUACUCCAAUAUAUAAAAUUUAACAGCCAAGCAAUUUUAAGAUCUUUUAAUGCAGCUUUCACUUUACAGGUUGUAAAACUGAUUUUAGUUAGUUAGAUUUGAAAAGAAGCCAACAAGUGUAUGCUAUUUAGAAGCUGCUCUUUCCGUCAGGUAACUGGCAUAAUGUUAAAAGAGCAUAUUUGAAGAGAAUGAACAUAUCGGCAAUGUCCUACAACUCACUGGAAUUGUAACAUGUUUUGUUUACAUUGACAACUGCACUUAAGGGAAAAAUAAAUUAAAGCUCAUUUUAAAAUUAAUGAGUCUUUACUCCCGAACUCUGUUUCCUUGAAGUCUGUGUGAAUAUGUUCCAACCUCUUUUCUUUACAGUAGCUUUCACUAGUGUCAAAGCUUGCAUACAUUAUACAAUAUUUUAGUAAUCAAUUCUCCUGCAAGCAUGUAUGAGCUCAGGCUUUUGGAUGGAACUGAAUACAAAAAGAAACCAAAACUUCCUUCUCUUGCACUUAGCAUGUAACUUUUUAAAUGGCUCUUUUUGGGGGGGGGGGCUGUACAGUCAGCUACCCUUUAUUUAGUGUUGGAAUAUUAAACUGAGCUAGUUUUGUUCAUGAAGCCAUCUGCAUGUACCAUAAAUAUUCCAACUAGAAUCAAGUGAGGAUUUUAUAAUAUGAGGACUUGGCAAGCAUGCUGAAUGGAAGAUUUCUCUAGAGUAAAAUAAUUUAGUUCAUGGCUACAUACACAAACGAAAAGUCCUUGGUAUUUUUCAGUAUAGUUAAUACAGAAGUAUAGGGUAGACAGUCAGUGCUACAAUGGUAGGAUAAAUAAACAUUUUUAAAAUGUUACAGGAAUACAUUUAGCCAUUGAGAGUGGUUUAAGGGCAAGAAUGGUGGAAAAUAGUUUGACGGUCGAGACUUGCUCUCACAUACAUUUAAAUGUGUAGUUUCUGUCUUAAAGCAGUGAAUGUGGAAUGUUCAGCCUCCAUCCUUAUACCCUGUGGAAGCUGGGUGUUGCAGUCGGUAUAAUUCUUUGACUCAUAGCUGUAAAAUAGUGGGCAGUCCAAUAUGCUGUGCAGUCUGCAAUUACAUGGCAUCCCAUGCUAGAGUUAUCUGGCUUGAUUUGGGAAGGUGAAGGGGAGUAUUCACUUUGAAAGAGAAGAUGGAGUUGUAAUCUUCACUUUUCAUUAUUCUAGCUCUUAAUGUCCUUUAUAAUGUAAAUUAACUUUUGUAUAUGAAUGUCCCUUGCAUAUGUUGAUGCUUGCAUCUGUUUACAUAUCUACCUUAGAAUCAAGAGUUUUCUUUAUGACGAUUCUAUUGUACUUAAUUAACAAUUGAUAUUUUUGCUCAAACUCAGGAAGUUGCUGUCACCAGUGUACAUCUAAGGUGUAUAAACGUGACGUAAAAAUUAGAUCAGUUUAAGCAAGGCUGAUAUUCUAACAUAAGAUAGUAAAUGUAUAAUUAAUCUAUACUGUAGUAGGAUUCAUGCUUUCCCUUAAGUGCCGCUAAACAUUGGCAAUGCUACAUGCAGCUUGUAAUACUUUCACAAGUCUUGGAUAAAUAUAGCAUGUCGCUGGAUACUUUCACUAGCACUUUCAUAAUUAAAUUGCUGUUCUAGAAAAAACAUGUCCAGAAGAAGCACUGUGCAACAACAACAAAAACCUCAUUAAGAAACACAUUCAACAGCUACUGUUUAUGCCAGUUUUUUAUCUAUGAAGGAUAAAUCUAUAUUUGUGAUGUGUCCAGUUUUGUAAAAAAUUAAAGAACUCAUUAGAGACUCAAACAUAUAUUUAACACACUUGCAGCAAAGCUUUAGGUGUAAUUAAAAUACAGCAGUUACUCUAAUUGAGGAUUGGCGUAACAGAAAUAAACCUUCUUUUUGAAAACAAACUCAAAGACAUUCUCUUCCCUGGCUUCAUUCAGUGACUAUCACGAGAUAUCGAGGACGGUUGGUGUAUUUUCAAAUUGGCCCACCCAGAUGUCACAGAUGUUUUUUCAAUACCCUAUCUUUCAGUGAGGUUGCUUUUUAACCUUUUGUCACCUAGAUGUCCACUAAAUGUUUAGCAGCAUCAGAGCCAGCACCAGGCUUUUCAGUGUUGGACUUAUGAAUCCUAUGGAUUAUUUUAAUCUCCUUGCAGUUGCUGAGAAACAGUUGGUGUCUUCCUUUAGGUAGGAUGAUAGUCAUCUCACUAACAACUCCUGUUUUCUGUUAGGGUAUUCUUCUCUCUUACUUUUUCUGGCUGAUAAUAGUGCCCAAAAGCCACCAUGGUUUGAAGGUUUUCUGUGGGACUUGAAAAAGUGGGUGGCACACUGGAGAAGAGACUGGCAAAGAGCUGCUUGGAAUGUGAUUUUCAUUUCAACUGGACAUUUAUAGGGAGUUAUGAGAACUGACCAAGGCAUACGAACAUUUGUAAUGAUCCCUAGACAUUGCAAAGACCCAUGCAAAUAAAUGCUGGUGGGUACAUUGCAGUCUGAUUACUCCAAGAUGACUUACUCCAGGACUAAUUUCUUCAGUUUAUAUAUGUGUGUAUGAAUUUGGUCGGCUGGUCUCCCAGCUUAGGCUGCCGGAAUUAUAUACACCGAGUAGAAUGUCUGUCAGGGAUUUAGUGGGACCUUGGUCUCUAACAUUCAUACCGACUUCUAAAAACACACCUGUAAACAUUUGUUUCAAGGUUUUUCAGGAUGACCACUGUGACAAUGCCUUUCGUAAAAUGCACUCAUUGAGUUUCAUUUUUGUGUAUUAAAAGCUGUUAUGUUUAUGUAGUAUUUGUUUUUACUCUAUUGUACAGGACCCUGAACACUGAAUAAAUAAACUUCUUAUGAAAUGAGCAGAACUCUUUCCUUUGGUUUCUGCUGGUCCUGUUCAUCUUUCAUGCAUACAGCUUCCUAAGUAAAAAAUAGGGCAUUUUUCACUAGAGAAAAGGGGCAAGAAAUUGGGUAAGUUCUGGUUUGGUCUUAACUCUUUUCUUUUAAAUUAUUUUCCCCCUUAAUUUCCAGUUCUUUGUUGGAAAAACAUUUCAGAAGAGCGACACAGGAUAACUUAGUACAGGCAGUCC